AACCGAACCGAACCGAAUGCAAAAUGGGUGGUUUUCCGAUUUCCUCGGUCUUAGCAUCUCUCUCUCUGUCUCUCCAAUUCAUUCUGGUUUCAAUUUCUUUCUCUCUCUCUCUCUCUCUCUCUCCCUUUUUCUUUUCUAUUCUUAUCCCUCUGCCCCUUUCUUUACCUUUCCCAGUUCUUAAUUAAUUCGUUUUCUUUUGGGUGUUUUUUGAUCUUCCCGCCCCCGAUUUAUCUCCGGUGACGGCGAUUUCAGGUGGGAGAUCCCUCGAUCCGCCUUCGCCUUCUUCUUCUCUCACUUCUCUGCCAUUUUCCACUAUGAUUUCGUAUUCAGUGCAUUGAAGGGGCCUCUGAUCUCUCUGCUUCUCUACUUCCUUUCAUCAAUUCCGAGACGAUAACCCUUCUCUUUCAUCCCCUUCUUACAGUUUUUGGCAUUGCGUGCUUGGCGAAUCGUAGGGUGGCGUUGAUAUUUGGAUCCACGAGAGGGUGUUGUCAAUACUCCGUCGAAUCGAGCUGUUUGUGCAUCAUUGAUUCCCCCUUCGAUCAGAUUUCUGUGGGCCUCUGUUGGAAACUUUGGAAGGCGGGUCUCUGAUCUGAUUUUUCUUGCAUGUUAGUUUGUCACUUCUGUCAUCAAUUUGGAAACGGUGUUCCAGGGAAAGGCAGGAAUCUGAAUGUGUCGCCAUUGCUAAGCCCUUCCAUUAUAUUUCCUUGUCUUCUUCAUUUCCAGGCACAGAGAUUUAGGGAUUCUUUUAAAUAUUUUGUUUGAAUCGUGCUGAUAUUUCGUCUGCUGAGGCGUGGACGUGUUUCAGAGGGAACUGAUUGUUGGUAGAACAAGAAUAUGGGUUUAGGAGGAUAAUGGGAUGCGGAUUCUUAGUGAAAUGGAGUUCAAAUUCUUUUGGUUCUUUGUGUUUUUCUUGGAUGGAUUUGGGAUGAAAGGUUUAAUGUGUGCUGGGGAUUCGUUUGAUUUGCAUGUGAGACUACGCAAUGUUGUUAAAAGAUAUUUAUGACAUCUGAUCAGCCCCUGCUGGCUUCAUCAGAAUCCCCAUCUCAAAAUCGUGGUUCCUUUGGUUGUCUAUGUCGCAGUGCUUCUUUUACCUCUUCCAGUUACGACGAUUCUCAGAAUGACAUUGUGGAUGUGAAGGAAACCUGCGUCAGCCCUUUUGGAGAUAACACUUGGAGUAGUGAGAAUUGUCUCGAGAAGUUCCACUUCGCUAUCUAGGAAGAGGCAGUUUUAUACUGUUGGCUCUCUGUUUUCCUCAGCAGUUUCCUUUUGCAUACCCCACCCAGGAUAGAAGACGCCUGGUCAAGUGGGGUGCAAUGGAGCUACAUAAUAUUAAUGAUAACCCUGCAAGCUUUGAACUCUCCAGGGUCCAGGAGAAGUUACAUAAGGCACAAAGAAGUCGUCAUAAAAGUAUACAGUUUGAGGAUAAUUUACAGCAUGACGAUAAUCCAAGGUUGAUAUACAUCAAUGAUCCAAGGAGAACUAAUGAUAAGUAUGAGUUCACAGGAAAUGAGAUAACCACCAGCAAGUAUACAUUGAUUACCUUCUUGCCGAAGAAUCUCUUUAUUCAGUUCCAUAGGGUUGCCUAUCUUUAUUUUCUUGCUAUUGCAGCUCUUAACCAGCUUCCACCUUUGGCAGUCUUUGGGAGAACGGUAUCUCUUUUCCCCCUCCUGUUUGUGCUAUGUGUUACAGCUAUUAAAGAUGGCUACGAGGAUUGGCGUAGACAUAGAUCUGAUCGUAAUGAGAACAAUAGACAGGCUCUCGUGCUUCAAUCCGAUGAAUUCCAAUUGAAAGUGUGGAAAAAAAUACGAGCAGGUGAAGUUGUGAAGAUCUGUGCAGACGAGGUCAUUCCUUGUGACAUGGUUUUAUUGGGGACAAGUGAUCCUAGUGGUCUUGCUUACAUACAAACAAUGAAUUUGGACGGUGAAUCAAACUUGAAGACAAGGUAUGCUAGGCAGGAAACAGCAUUUGCAGUAGCCGAGGGGUGUUCAUAUUCUGGUCUUAUUCGAUGUGAACAACCUAAUAGGAACAUUUAUGAGUUCACUGCCAAUAUGGAGUUCAACAACCAUAAAUUUCCCCUCAGCCAGUCAAACAUAGUCUUGCGUGGUUGUCAGCUGAAGAACACUGAAUGGAUUAUUGGGGUGGUUGUCUAUGCCGGACAAGAGACAAAAGCCAUGUUAAACAGUGCAAUGUCUCCUGCCAAGCGAAGUAAACUGGAGGGUUACAUGAACAGGGAAACAUUGUGGUUGUCAAUCUUCCUCUUUGUCAUGUGUCUAGUUGUGGCCCUUGGAAUGGGGUUAUGGCUUGUUCGGCACAAGGAACAGCUUGAUACCUUGCCAUAUUAUAGGAAAAGGUAUUUCACAAAUGGGGCCGACGAUGGUAAGAAGUACAGGUUUUAUGGAAUACCUAUGGAAACCUUUUUCUCCUUUUUGAGUUCUAUUAUAGUGUUCCAGAUUAUGAUACCGAUAUCCCUUUAUAUUACAAUGGAGAUGGUGAGACUGGGGCAGUCAUAUUUCAUGAUUGAAGAUAAGCACAUGUACUGCAGAAUCUCUUGCUCAAGGUUUCAGUGCAGAUCAUUGAAUAUCAAUGAGGAUCUUGGUCAAGUUCGCUACAUUUUUUCUGAUAAAACAGGAACACUUACUGAAAAUAAGAUGGAAUUUAAAAGAGCAAGUGUGUACGGGAAGAAUUACGGGAACAACUUGACUGAGGGUUAUUCAUCAAUGUAUUCCAUUCCAGCAACUAUAGGGGGGAGGAGGAGGAAACUUAAAUCUGAAGUUGCUGUUGAUACUGAACUUCUCAAAUUAUUGCACAAGGACCUAAAUGGAGAUGAAAAGAUUGCUGCACAUGAAUUUUUUCUUACAUUGGCUGCAUGCAAUACUGUAAUUCCUAUUCUCAUGGAUGACAAAUCUAGUUAUGAAAAUGGUGAAUUGCACGAGGAUGUCGAAACUAUUGGUUAUCAGGGGGAAUCCCCUGACGAGCAGGCACUAGUUGCUGCAGCCGCUGCUUAUGGAUAUACCCUUUUCGAGCGCACAUCUGGGCAUAUUGUUAUAGAUGUCAAUGGUGAGAACUUAAGGUUGGAUGUUUUGGGUUUACAUGAGUUUGAUAGCAUUCGCAAAAGAAUGUCUGUUGUCAUCAGAUUCCCUGACAAUACUAUAAAGGUGCUGGUAAAAGGUGCCGAUACUUCGAUGUUGAGUAUUUUAGGCAAUGACUCUGAUAGGGAAGAAUUUAUCAAGCAUGCUACUCGACGCCAUUUGAGUGAAUAUUCAAUGGAAGGUUUGCGAACACUUGUAGUUGCUGCCAGAGACCUGAAAGAUUCUGAAUUUGAGCUGUGGCAGAGCAGAUAUGAGGAUGCUAGCACUUCACUGACUGAUAGAGCAGUAAAACUACGUCAGACAGCAGCCCUUAUAGAAUGUGAUCUAAAGCUUUUGGGUGCAACUGCUAUUGAGGACAAGCUUCAAGACGGUGUACCUGAAGCCAUUGAAUCUCUUCGACAGGCUGGAAUAAAGGUCUGGAUUCUGACGGGAGAUAAGCAGGAGACAGCCAUAUCAAUCGGUCUCUCCUGCAAAUUGCUGACUCCCGAUAUGCAGUCAAUUAUUGUCAAUGGAAAUUCCGAGUAUGAUUGCAGGAAACUUUUAGCUGAUGCUAUAGAAAAAUAUGGUAUUAAAUCAACACAGGGCAGAAGUCAAACACAGAAGAUGAAUUGUGAGAAUGAACGCCAUGAUACACCAAAGAUAUCCGGUAUGUCAGAUUUUAAUGAAGAGAAAGAAGAAGUGACCGAUAAACCACUAGCUCUAAUAAUUGAUGGAAACAGUUUGGUGUACAUUUUGGAAAAGGAAUUGGAGUCAGAGCUUUUUGAACUUGCAACUUCAUGCAACGUUGUGCUAUGCUGUCGUGUCGCUCCUUUGCAGAAAGCUGGAAUUGUUGAUCUGAUUAAGAGUAGAACUGAUGAUAUGACAUUGGCAAUUGGCGAUGGGGCCAAUGAUGUCUCAAUGAUUCAGAUGGCCGACGUAGGCGUUGGUAUAUGUGGACAGGAAGGGCGUCAAGCGGUAAUGGCAUCUGAUUUUGCCAUGGGACAAUUUCGCUUUUUAAAAAGAUUACUUCUAGUGCAUGGACAUUGGAACUAUCAACGUGUAGGCUACAUGGUUCUAUACAACUUCUACCGCAAUGCUGUUUUCGUCUUGAUGCUCUUCUGGUACAUUCUAUGCACAGCAUUCUCAACAACUUCAGCUUUGACUGAUUGGAGUAGUGUGUUUUACUCUGUUAUUUAUACGUCUAUCCCCACUAUUUUUGUUGGUAUUCUGGACAAAGACUUGAGUCACAAAACCCUACUCCAAUAUCCUAAGCUCUAUGGUGCUGGCCAUAGACAGGAGGCAUACAAUUUGCGUCUCUUUUGGUUCACAAUGAUUGAUACCCUUUGGCAGAGUCUUGUUCUCUUCUAUGUGCCAUUGUUCAUUUACAAGGAGAGUUCCAUUGAUAUAUGGAGCUUGGGAAGUUUGUGGACCAUAGCUGUUGUUAUCCUUGUGAACGUACACUUAGCGAUGGAUGUUCAACGUUGGGUAUAUAUUACACAUGCUGCAGUCUGGGGAUCCAUAGUCAUAACGUACGCAUGCAUGGUGGUGUUGGAUUCGAUACCCGUUUUUCCUAAUUACUGGACGAUCUUUCAUCUGGCUAAGUCCCCAACAUAUUGGUUGUCUAUAUUGCUCAUAAUAGUUGUUGCAUUGCUUCCACGCUAUCUUUUUAAAGUUGUGCACCAAAGAUUCUGGCCCUCGGAUAUUCAGAUAGCCAGAGAAGCCGAGGUACUGAGAAAACGAAAAGGUCGUGAACAGUUUAGUUCAAAGCAAGGUCGAGAUUCCAAUUAACACACGUCUAUUCUACCAUCUUUGUGAGCAAAAACUCAUUUGCAGAUGGCUUCCCUGUGGUGAGCACAUGCGUGAUUGUAACUUUGAAGGUUAGACAUGCCAAGUGAUGCAUUUGUCCUUGGACGUAGAUGAAUUCUUUUAGUUAAUAGAUAUCUACUCUGAAGGCUUAAGUUACUUUAGAAGGUCGUAUAAUGCAAAUUUAAAACUCGUCCUCGGACACGACCUGCAUUGGGAGAGUUGGAUCGCAGAGUUUGAAGUCGGGUGCGAUAUACAGAUGGGAGACGGUGGAAUGCCCCACCAUACGAAAUGUCUAAGGUUGGGUCGAGGAAGGAUGGAGGGAUCUCGAGUCGUAGGGUUAUAUGUUUUGUUCUCGGUUGGAAUGGAGGUGGGGAAGGAUGAAAUUUAACGCAGAAUUCUCUGAUAUACUGUAUCAUAUGACAUUAGGGUGCUGAGAUAAGGAGAGAUUGAAUUGAAGUAUAUAAUAGGGGCUUUUUUUUUUUUUUUUUUGUUAAUUUUGUUUGUUUAACCCUUGUAAAGAUUGGAGACAUUUUUACGCAUCAACAUAAGGAAUGAACACUCACAUACACCUUUGCAUUA